AUGGUUCACUACAAGCUAACAUACUUUGACGCUCGUGGAUUGGCUGAAACAGCUCGUCAACUAUUUGUUCUCGCUGAUGUUGAGUUUGAAGAUAAUCGAUUGACAGUAGAAGAGUUCCAAAAACUGAAACCUUCUCUGCCAGCUGGCCAAGUUCCAAUAUUGACUGUUGAUGGAUUUGAAAUCUCCCAAUCUGCUACUAUCUGGAGAUACUUGGCACGAAAGUUUGGUUAUGCUGGAAAAACUCCAGAAGAGGAGGCAACUGCUGACUCGAUUGUGGAUCAUUUCAAGGAUUUUCUAAACAGCUUUAAGCACUACGGAGCUGGUCUCUUCUUUGGAAAGACCCAGGAAGAAUUGGAUCGGGCUCGCAAAGAAAUUGUGGAACCAGCAGUACAAGUAUACUUCUCUAUCUUGAAGAAUCAAUUGGAGAAAACUAAAACUGGAUAUCUCGUUGGGUCUGAAUUGACGUAUGCUGAUGUUGCGGUUGCUGAGAAUCUGACUACCCUGAAAAAUACGGCGUUCUUCCAUCCAGAAGAAGAAAAAAGUAUUGCUUCAUUCCAUCAAAAAGUUCUGGAAACUCCAAAGUUGAAGGAGUAUUUGGAGAAAAGAAAGUUUUCAACUCUUUGA